GACCUUUUUGUGAAAACAAUGGAAUCGUACUGCCGAAGUAUCUGUUUUUAUCACCGGAAAAACAAAAUUUUGAAAAUGACCUCGCAAAUGAAGAUCGUGACAAGAUUCUCAGGCUCGGCAUCAGUAAAAUAAGCCUGUAUUCCCAUUACGACAUAGAAACUGUGAACAUGUGCGAUCGUGUUUAUAAGCUUUUCAGGUGCCAUUUCUUUUUCCCGGGUUGUGAUUGGACGCAAAGCGUAUUUAGAAGGCGAAAAAUUUGUCGCAAAACUUGUCUUGUCGCGAAGCGGAAAUGCUACAACAUAUGGACAUUCGUUAGAGACCUAGUUGAUACACCGCAGACAUCACAAAAAACAAAAGAACUCUUUAAUUGUGAAAAAGAGGAGCCUUAUAUAUCAAGAAAUGCUGGCGAUACACCAGAAUGUUGGUAUUAUGAUUUUAGAAACCCUACAGAUGAAUCUUCUUCAGCCCGAGAAUGGAAAAUCAACGCAGAUUGUCUAUACUUAAACGGGAGCAGUUACCAUGGCAACAUAUCAGUGACAGACUCGGGUACUCCGUGUCAGUCAUGGACGGAACAAUGUCCACAUCGUCAUACCAUGAACACCACAUAUCCAGAAUUAAAUAACGCCAAGAAUUACUGUCGUAAUCCCAAGAACUCAGGAAAACGACCUUGGUGUUUUACCACAGAUAGAAACAAAAGAUGGGAGUACUGUGAUAUCCCUAAGUGUAUACCAGUUGAUGGUGGUUAUAGCAACUGGACAAUAAAAAGUGCAUGUAGUGUGACAUGCGGUGAAGGUUUACAAACAUGGACACGAGUUUGUAAGAAUCCUGAGCCAAAGUUUGGUGGAAGAGAUUGCAGUCAUUUUGGAGAGAGAGAUGAAUAUAGGCCUUGUUUCGUGAAACCUUGUAUCGUUAAUGGCGGUUUUAGCACAUGGAGUUUGAGUAUCCCUUGCAAUGUUUCGUGCGGUGGAGGAGUUGAAAUAUGGAAGCGUAGUUGUGAUAAUCCAGAACCAAAAUACGGAGGCAGAAACUGUAGUAGGCUGGGAAACUCGAUGGAAUUGAGGAGCUGUAACACAAUGCCUUGCCCUAUUGACGGUAACUAUAGUAACUGGACGAGGGCGUCGCCAUGUAGCGUCACGUGUGGUGAAGGAGUCGAAGUGUGGAUACGAGAAUGCGAUAACCCUCCUGGCGAAUACGGCGGUAAUUGCAGUAAGCAGGGACCAGACCAAGAAAGACGCUCAUGCAGGAAUGAAGCUUGUCCAGUUUCUUCCGAAGAGAUUGGUGUUAUUGCCAUUGUUGCAAGUUUUUUACUCGUUGCUGCGAUUACA